UGUGAGGGGAGAGAGAGGGAAAUUAGAGAGAAGAGAGAGAGAGAGAGAGAGAGAGAGCUAACCUGUUGACUGCCCCCUCCACACCCCCCACGCCCCCCCUCUCACGUCCUCCAGCCCCAAACAAGAACGACUUUUCCCGCGGAGUUGAGAUCUUCUUCUUCUUCUUCUUCCUGCCCUCCAUGUUGGACCUACUCUUCCCUCCUCCUCCCCCUGUCAGGCGGGCUGCGUGUUCCGGCAGACGUCCGUCGAACCGGGCCGCGACUAACGCCUAACGCGUCGCGGGUGCACGCGUGUGUGUGUGUGUGUGUGUGUUCGGUGUCACGCGUGUGCGUGUGUCAGCGCGGUGACUUGUUGGAUUUUAACCUGCGAGACAAAGAAAAGGGAUUUGUGACGUCCGGUCCGUUUCCUUUCUUUUCCUUCCCCGCAUGAACGUGGAAGAGCUGAGAAUGGAAGUAAGCGCGGACCAGCCGCGCUGGAUGAGCCCGCACCCGGCGGUGCUGAACGAGCAGCAUCCCGGCUCUCAUCACCCGGGCCUGGGCCACUCGUGGGACCCCACGCAGUACCCGCUGGCGGAGGAUGUGGAUGUACUCUUUAAUAUCGACGGGCAGGGCAACCACGUCUCGCCGUACUACGGCAACUCCGUGCGGGCCGUGCAGCGGUAUCCCCCCCCUCCGCAUAGUAGCCAGGUGUGCCGGCCCUCCCUGCUCCACGGCUCCCUGCCCUGGCUGGAGGGCAGCAAGGGCAUCUCCCCGCACCACAGCGCGUCCCCGUGGAACCUGAGCCCCUUCCCCAAGAACCCGCUGCACCACGGCUCCCCCGCCGGCCUGUCCGUCUACCCGCCGGCGUCGUCGUCGUCCACCGGACACUCCAGCCCGCAUCUCUUCACCUUCCCCCCGACCCCGCCCAAAGACGUGUCCCCGGACCCGGGCCUCUCCGCGCCGGGCGCGGGCGGCCCCGGGGGGCGGCAGGAGGACAAGGACUGCAUCAAGUACCAGGUGACCCUGGCCGAGAGCAUGAAGCUGGAGUCCGCUCACAGCAGGAGCAUGGCGGCCAUGGGGCCCGGCUCGUCCUCGGCCCACCACCCCAUCGCCACAUACCCACAAUAUGUCCCCGAUUACGGGCCAGGCCUCUUCCCACCAAGUAGCCUGAUAGGUGGGUCCUCUUCUAGUUAUGGUUCCAAAACAAGACCAAAAACAAGGUCCUGUUCAGAGGGCAGGGAGUGCGUGAACUGCGGGGCCACGUCGACCCCGCUGUGGCGGCGGGACGGUACGGGCCACUAUCUGUGUAACGCCUGCGGACUGUACCACAAGAUGAACGGCCAGAACCGGCCCCUCAUCAAGCCCAAGCGGCGGCUGUCGGCGGCCCGCCGCGCUGGAACGUCGUGCGCCAACUGCCAGACGACCACCACCACGCUGUGGAGGCGGAACGCCAACGGCGACCCCGUGUGCAACGCCUGCGGCCUCUACUUCAAGCUGCACAAUAUCAACCGACCUCUGACCAUGAAGAAGGAGGGCAUCCAGACCCGCAACAGGAAGAUGUCCAGCAAGUCCAAGAAGAGCAAAAAGUCCCAGGACAACAUGGACGACUUCUCCAAGAGUCUGAUGGACAAGGGCAGCUCCUUCAGCCCCGCCGCCCUCUCCCGCCACAUGUCCUCCUUCCCGCCCUUCUCGCACUCGGGCCACAUGCUGACCACGCCCACCCCCAUGCACCCCUCCUCCAGCCUGAACUUCGCCCCCCACCACCCCUCCAGUAUGGUCACGGCCAUGGGCUAGACCCGCCCCUCACCCUCCCCGCCGCAGGCCGCCAUCUUCAGUUGAUCUUAUUUUUAUAAAGCCCCUUCCAGGGGGUGGAGGAGCCCCGACCCUGACGGGACGGAGCGGCGGGACUUUCGACUCCUCCCCCUUCGCCCCCGCCCCCCCCCCCCAUUUGUGUACAAAAAUCAAAAGGUCACAGGAACUGACUUUGACUAAGCCCCGCCCCCCCUCGUCUUGCACCUGUGUAACAGGACACGCCCCUUUGUACAAAAUGUAUGAAAUACGUUUAAUGAAGACUUUGAGAAAGAAGAAAAAAAAAAAAGAAAAAAAAAAGGAAAGGUACGAGGGAGGGGCUCACGCCGCCAUCUUGGAUUCGAUGUAAUGCUAACGAUAACGCCGGCGUCUCGCUCGCCUUUAUUUUUAUUUUUUGGAUGUGCUUUAAGUCUCGGCCUGUUGGUUUGUGUUGAUGCGCACGCCUACACACACACAAACACACACACACACACACAUACUGGUUAUCAUUUCGAAUGGGGAACAAGUUUUGGUUCAGGACUUGUGGGGACCUCCCUUUCUACAGCUUGUGGAGGCAUAAAAAGGUCAAAAGUGUGUAAAAUGUCCACUGGCCAGUUAGCUCAUACUUGCCAACCUUGAGACUUCCGAUUUCGGGAGGUGGGGGUGGCGGGGGGCGGGGUCGGGGGUGGGGCGGGGGGCGUGGUUAAGAGGGGAGGAGUAUAUUUACAGCUAGAAUUCCCCAAGUCAAGUAUUUCAUAUAUAUAUAUAUAUAUAUAUAUAUAUAUAUACAUAUAUGUAUAAGAAAUACUUGACUACCGUAAUUUCCGGACUAUAAGGCGCACCUGACUAUAAGCCGCACCAGCUAAAUUUAGGGGAAAAUACCGAUUGCUCCAUAUAUAAGCCGCACCCGACUAUAAGCCGCAGGCGUUUUGAUGUGUAAUUACCGUAGUAUAUAGGGGUUCCUGUUACCACGGAGGGGAUUGUCGGGACAGAGAUGACUGUUUGGGAACGCAAAGCGUCCCAUUUAUUAACAAUAAAUCUUUCAAUCAUUCAAUCAAACUUUCACAUCUUUGACAUGGCGAACAGCAUUCGUGCAGAGUACAAAUAAUACAACGGUGCAAAGUAAUACAAAGUGCUCGCCUGUAACACGGCAUCAUAUGCACUUCUCCGUUUGUUUUCCAUAUUGAGGGUGUUUGCAUGAACACUUCGUUCGCGCAAACUGUCGCUGACGCUCUCUUACUCUUUGUUUUGCUCUCGUUACCUGGCGCCAGAUGUCUGCCUCAGUCUCGCGCAUCCUCGGUAGUGUGCGCCCCUGGUUACCGUAAGCCGCACCGUUGUAUAAGCCGCAGGGACCAGAACGAGGGGAAAAAGUAGCGGCUUAUAGUCCGGAAAUUACGGUACUUGACUUUCAGUGAAUUCUAGCUAUAUAUAUAUUUUUAUUUUUUUAUUUUUUUUAUUU